ACUCAUGAUUGAUACUAAACUGUGUGGCCCACUUAAAAGGCUCUUGCAGGGAUGCAAAGAAACUGUUCUCAAAUCUAAAGUCGGAACUCCAAAUGCAUUAGCUGGCGUGUUGGACAAGGUCGGCGCAGUAUUAGCAUUUGGAAAACGGAAGUUCAGUAACUUGAACUGAACAAAAGCUGCUAUAAAAUUAGUCCAGAACUGUUACACGUGGCUGUGAGCCAGCAGACUGAAAAUGUCUGACCCGUUUAACCAGAAAUGGAAUUUAAACUUAUUAGCCCGUUUGCCUAGUUGAAUUUGGGGGGGGGGCAAAUACAGUCUCUUGAUCCUUUGUCUUUCCCCUCGCCUCCAAUCAUGGCCUGUUACGUGCUGGCUCAAAGAGGAUCCUCCUCUGCUCUGUUACUGUAGCCCAAGGGUGGACCGGUGUCCUGCAGGUUUUAGACGUCCUUGAUCCAACACAGCUGGCUUAAAUGACCCCCUCAACGUGAGGCCUGGUAAUGAACUGAACAUUUGAUUCAGGUGUGUUGAUGACCCAGGGUGAGAUCUGAAACCUGCGGGACACCUGCCCUGGAGGUGCUUGCAAAGAGCACUAUUGUUGUGAGGUAGUGUUACAUACAUACGUUUAAUCUGUAAUAAAGUUGUAUUUCUUGGUUUGGGGUUGUAAUAAAAUCUAUAUAUUUUGAGUUUCGCGGAGCGAUCUGUGAAGGCGGAACAAAUAUUCGGCACUUGGGUUUCUCGCGGGAACAAUAUCGUCGGUGCACACAGGAACUAUUGCGUUGUUUCUAUUUUCUGGGCAAGUUUGGCUGUAGCGGUGUUUCUGAUCCCGUCCUGGUAGUAAAAUACACCCACGCGUGUGAACAUGCCGAAGGUGGUUUCCAGGAGCGUCGUGUGCUCGGACACCAGAGACCGGGAGGAGUACGACGACGGAGAGAAGCCCCUCCACGUCUACUACUGCCUGUGCGGCCAGAUGGUUCUGGUCCUGGACUGCCAGCUGGAGAAGCUGCCCAUGAGACCCCGGGACAAAGCCCGGGUGAUCGACGCCGCCAAACACGCUCACAAGUUCUGCAACGUGGAGGAGGACGAAAACACGUACAUCAAGAGAGCCGAGGGUAUCGAGAGGCAGUACCGCAAGAAGUGCGGCAAAUGCGGCCUGCUGCUCUUCUACCAGCACCAGGAGAAGAACAACCCGGCCACCUUCAUCGUGGACGGGGCCGUGGUCAAGUUCGGGCAGGGCUUCGGCAACACCAGCGUCUACAGCCAGAAGCAGCCCGAGGCUCCCAAGAAAGUCCGAGUGAUGAUGACCAAGCGGACCAAAGACAUGGGCAAGUUCAGCUCCGUCACCGUCUCCACCAUCGACGAGGAGGAGGAGGAGAUCGAGGCCAGGGAGGUGGCGGACUCCUAUGCCCAGAAUGCCAAAGUGAUCGAGAAGCAGCUGGAGAGGAAGGGCAUGAGCAAGAGGAGGCUGCAGGAGCUGGCUGAGCUGGAGGCCAAGAAGGCCAAGAUGAAGGGCACUCUCAUUGAUAAUCAGUUCAAAUAGAUGGAGUCUGAGGAGGCUCCUGCUCUGCCUGGGACUCGGUGUACAGGACUGAUGAGUGUAGCGGUCGUAUCAUAAGAAUGUGAUCUGGCCUUUAAAUUAGUUUGUCAUAAUGUUUUGUACAUACAGGAAAAGACAAAAUAAACAUUUUUUUGUUGUUGGUAUUUUUAAAAA